GGUAUGCAAACAGGCGGCCGCCGCGAACGGCAUUCUCAGAGCAGGACGACAGGCGCCUGGCCGCCGAGUGGAUGAAGGUGCCUCACAUGGACGCGAAGCCGGAGAAGGGUGCGGCGGAGGAGCGGCAGAAGGACGAGGAGGCGGAGGCCGACGCCGAAGCGACCUCGGCGGACCGACCUCACCAUGUACUCCGCGCGGGAAAACGCGAUUCACGAGGCGUGGAAGCACGCGGAGAGGUCCAACGAGCUGGCGAAGGAGGCCGCCGAGGCAUCCCUGGCGUCGGCCAACGAGGCGAUGCAGGCGCGCCGGGUGCUCGAUCACCACGACGUCAUCGCGAUCGAGCAGCAGACCCAGGCCGACGUGCGCAAGCAGGAGGUCGCGCGCGGAAUCGACGCCGCGGCGAUGCCCUGGCCGCUGGUGCUGCUGACACCGGCGGCCGUCCCUCGCCGGCGCUGCGCCGGCGCGCCUGCUCCGCCCAGGACGCGGGCGCCUUGCCGGCUGACGUCCUUCCUGUGAGCUCCCGCUGCCGCUGCCCGGCCGAUGCCUCUCCCGGCCAGGCCGACUGCCGGUCGAUGUCCCCCCCCCUUUUCGGGGGUUCGGGGGGGGGGGCUGAAACGCACAGGUCGGCGGCCACCUGACGAACACAGUUGUUUUUGCACUGCAGUCGGUUGUACAUUGCAGCUUGUUUUUUGCACUGCAGUUUGUCUUGCGCUGCAGCGGCGUUGCUCGAGCUUGCGCUUAGGAUUCACUCCUUCUCUCCUCCUCUUCUCCUCCUCCUUCUCCUCCUCCUUUUCCGUCCCCUCCCGCAUGGCUAUCAUCGCGCCGUCACUCCCCCCGAACCGGCGUGCGAGUGGAUUUAUCCGGAGCAGCUCGCGAGGAUGAA